AUGUGUGCCGACGAGGAGAUUGCUUUGUGUUCGUUAGCACAGAAAACGCUUAUAAGACAUAUUUGCCGCUUUGGUAGCUUAUUAUUUUUUCGCGAUCUGCCAUCAUUUUCUUUGUCUUUGGGUUUUACGAGGAAUUACUUGGUGCAUUCAAUGGACGACGAUGAUGAUGUGAUAAUAAUAGAGGAGAGUUUUUCAUCGUCGUUCACAAGACGGAGCGCACCACUCGGAGAAAUUGAAAUUCUCAGUGAACCAGGUCCGAGUACAUCACGAGAUAUUGGAUUCAAACCUGCAAGUGUUCUUGAUAGGGAGCCCUGCACUCGCUAUGAAAAACUCCAGCAAGUAGAACAGCUAAUUGCGAGAGCGAAGGCUAAUUCGGUUGACAAGCGUACACCAAAGAUUACCGUGACAGAAACCAGAGGUGUUGAUGUGCUGGAGGAUGUCCAGAAUGUCUGUGAAGGAAAGCUUGAUGAGGUUGCCCCAAGGAAGAGAAGAAGGAAAAAGGAACCAUCUGAAGCGCAACUCCAGAAACAGCAGGAAAAGAAGCGAAAAGCAAUUGAACGAGAACAGAGUGCAGCAAUUAAUACGAAAUGCGAGCAGUACAUGUACUGUCACGUUUCUAGGCGGAUAUUUGACAAUUUUUCUGAUACUGAGCUCCACACUCGGAUGUUGUUCAUGGAGCGUAACAUCCAAGACCAGCUCAUAUGCGACGAAGAUCGCCAAGAUAUGCGCGUUCUUUGGCACCGUAAGUGCGUUGAUGCAGUAGAAGCCGAUGGAGGUUUUGAAAGACAGGAAUACGAGGUUCUUCAGCAUAUUUUCGCAGUUGUGCUGUCUACAGACACCUUCAAAGAGCUAGUGAAAAGCAAUGGUCUUGAAGAUUUCGCCGCUUCUCAGAAAUUGUCGUACUCAGUGCCUAAUUCUACUCUCGUGCUUAUUAUCUAUGGGCGACAAUCUCGUAAUUUGUUCGACUUGUCAAUUUCAUUAUUUGAUUGCUAUCGGACCCAACUGCACUAUGUUCAUGAUGCCAAAGCGUUUGCCAUGUACUUGGCGCAGAUAAGUCGAGCGUUGGCGAAAAGAGAACGUCAUCUUGCGCACCGCGAUCGUCUGAUUGUGAAUGUCGAGAAGGGGGUCAAAGAUGCUGAGCCAGAAGAUUUGAUUCGAGAUUGGUGGGAUAAGAUGUUGGCUGUAAUUGCUCGUCUCCAGGAUACUCAUCGUCGCGCUAUUGUUUCCGCGUAUCCGAACCCUAUGAUAGCUAGGAAGAAAUUUCUGGAGAUGGGUUACAAACGUGCCGUGCAAGAAAUAGCAGAGAUCCGUUCGGAAACUGGUCGUCGCCUAGGACCAGCAAUGGCUCACCGCCUCUUCAUGAUUCUUACCGAUACUACUGGUGAAGAACCAGAGGAUAAGUACACUUCGAACAUGCAGGUUCGCCUGCACGCUCGAAACACUUUCGCUUUCAUUGUUGGUGCCGCUUUUAUCUACCUCGCCUAUCUGAUAUUCUUCAAAUCCGGAGACGGAAUCCCAGAAAUAGAUGUGGACCUGAGCAGUGUCGUAAGUUACGCAGUCUUAGCGGCGGAAAUGGGUGGUUAUGCCGUGCGCAAAAUCCACGAAGAAAAUAAACUAAAUAUUGCUCAAAAGGGACUGACAGAUGAAGGGAAAGCGGAGUUGUUGACGAAAGCAGACUUAGUGUCAAACUAUCUUAUUUUGGAUGUAUUGCAGCGAUUUCCCCGGCUGAAAAUUGUCACAGAAGAAAAGGAUAGUUCUAUUUCUGAGAACGAGGCUGCGGCGUACCGAACAGAUUCAUAUUCAGUUUGGUUGUCAAUACGUGACAUACUCGCGCAGAUCCCAUCUUAUCGUUUAACGUUGUCGGAUGUUCAGGUGUAUGUAGAUCCGCUAGAUGCAACUCAGGAAUAUACAGAAGGACUCACUGAAUACGUGACAGUAAUGGUCUGCAUUGCGGUAAAGGAUGAGCCGAUAUUUGGCGCUAUUUAUAGGCCUUUCUCGAAUGAAACAAUAUUUGGCGUGAAAGGAUGGGGAGUAAUGACAUCAGCUGGCGACAAGGUGAGCCCGAAGCCCAUAUCUGAAACAGCUAAAAAGAUAGUAGUUUCAAGAUCUCAUGCCGGUGCCGUUGAAAAAUUAGCGCGAAGAGCAUUCGGUGACAGUUACGAGGUUGAAGCAGCUGGGGGAAGCGGUUACAAAACUCUCCGACUAGUAAAUGGAACUGCUGAGAUUUAUAUACAUCAAACUGCAAUAAAGAAAUGGGACACUUGCGCGGGUGAUGCGAUUCUUCGCGCUUUAGGAGGUGCAAUGCUUGACUUAGAAGGAUCGCCACUACAGUACGGACUAGAUCAGCCUGCCAUCAACAAUAAAGGGCUUAUAGCAACCGUGCGAACUCCGUUCACGUAUUCGAAGUCGGUUAUACAUAAUCUGGAACCAUGA